UAACUAAAUGGAGGGGGGUGAAUGAUGUUUCAGACUUCUAUUGCCAAGGCACAAUCUGUUUUUCUUUUUUCUGUCGGGGAUCAGCUUUUUUUAACCAUUUAGGAUGCUGCCGAUUUGGGACAUCAGAAUUUUAUUUUUGAUCUUUUCAUUGCUAACUAUCACCAAGAGCACAAAGUUGUUGUCAGGCCACAAAAAGUGUGGCAAUCCAGAAUGCGAAACUUCAAUGAGCAGAGUGCUAGCCAUUAAAGACUACGUAGGACCUGACUGCCGCUAUUUGAACUUCAAAAUUGGGGAAGAGAUAAUGGUAUACUCCAAACUCUCCAGGGAAAGGGAGGAUUUGUGGGCAGGAAGUAAAGGUGCAGAUUUUGGAUAUUUCCCAGUGCAUGCAGUCCGGAUUGAAGAAACUUUUAUUACAAAAGAAGUAGAACUGCCAACUAAGGAAACUGAUUUCCUUUGUCUUGAUGAAGGGGAAUACGUUUUUGAAAAUGAAGACAGCAUACUUAAUCAUUAUGACAAAGAAAAUGAAUAUAUACCUCCAUAUUCAGAUGAAAAAGACACCACAUUUGAAAUGCCUGAAGAUGAAGGCUUGAAACUUGGAGGUAUUUCUUACCCAAAUGAAUAUAAAGAACAAUUUCCUGACAGUCAUGAAUCUGACAGUAAAUACAAAGACCUGCAUAUGCUGGAAACUACAAGCCAUGGUGAUAUAGAACUCAGAGACAGGGAGACGAGACAAGAUGAGACUACUCCGGAAGAAGACCAGAUUAGUCAGACUCCGCAAGCUGUCCCAACUCAGUCAGCCUGGACUGUGUCUGGUUUUGUUGGCUGGCUUGGCUUGGGAAGUAAUGAAAAUGAGGAGGCGGUCAGAAAAAUAUCACAGAAAACAGAAGAAGUUACAUUCAGGCGCAGGAAAAUAGCAAUAACUGAUGAUAGUGGCUUAAAAAAAUUAAAUGAAGAGGGUGAAACAGCACCACAGGGCUCCAGCUGGUUUAAAAGUACUUUCACAGAUUUGAUGCAUCUUGGAAGUGACAAAUCAGAACUUGAUAUGCUGUACAAAGGAAAUGAUCCAGAAAUCCACGACAGCUCCACCAUUGCUGGCAAUGCCGGCCACCAUGGCAGUUCUACCGCAUCAGAAGGAAUAAAAGAACGUAGCAAUUCCGAACAAUCUGACUCAAGCUGGUUUGAUCUGGAAUUCAGUGAUAUUUUGCCUUUUCGUUAUGCUAAAGAAAAUGCAGACAAAGAAAAGCUUGCAGGUGGAGGAGAAGCAGAUCAAGUUGAAGAGCAGCGUCCAAGUGAACAAUCAAGCUUAUUGGACGAUGGCUUGAGAAAGCAAACAGGCAGACUGAUGCCCUAUGAAGAACGAGACAAAGUAAAAAUUGUUCAAGAAACCCCAAAGCAAACAGCUGAACCAACUCUUUACGAAGAACAAGUGAAAGAAAAAUAUGACCAAGAAGCCCCAGGCAUACAUGUUAGAAAAACAGAUUCUGAAGUGCAGUUAGCAGAUGAGCAUGCAGACGUAAAGGAGGCAGCAAGUCCAUCACCUUUGCUUGGUGAUAAACAACUUAAGUCUCCCUAUGCAGAACAGGAUUCAAUACCAGACAACCAAGUUAUGGAAAACAAUAAAAUUAAAGCUGUAACAAAGGAGUCAGAAAGGACAAAUGACCAGUCAGGUUGGUAUGAAAGUAUGUAUAACAGUUUGAUUGAUUAUAAUAGGGUUACAUCAGACAAUCAACCAGGGCAUGAGUAUGUAACUGUUGAGAGUCCACAGGAAUCAGUUGUAGAUCAGUUAUCAUAUAGUAAAGGUCAAGGUACUGCAAAGGAAGAAAAUCAUGAGGGUCCUAAAAACCAGAAAUCUUUCUUUUCUGUUAGUUAUUUUACAGGUGUACUGAAUGUUCAGAGUUUUAAAUCUGAAGGAACCAAUAAUGCUCAGCAUGCACACAAUAAUAUAAAGUCUAGUGAGGAAAGCAUCCAGUUUAAAAAGAGUGAGGAAGUAUUACAUGUAGGCAAAGAAGAAUUACUAGAAAAUCAGAAUAUUACUGAAAAGGUGCCAGAAAACAGAGAUGCUGAUACUACCCAGGGAAACGUUUUGCUGUCUUCUUUAGCAGUAAAAUGUAGUGAAGAAAGUAGAGGAAAAAGACAGGGUGAAGAACUAGCGAAAGAUAAUACACCACAUCCUUUGCCAGUAAAAUCUAUAGAGUUAGAACACCAGGUUUCCUAUGGUCAAUGUACAGAAAAAAAAUUGUAUGGAAGACCUGAGGACCAUAGUUUGGACACACAAGACCAUUCCAAAAUAGAAGAUAAAAACAAAGUUCGUAACUUAGAGGCCAAACAACAGUUUUCUUUAGAGCUACGAAAGCUACCUGAUUUGGCAGAGCAAAAGGAUUAUAUUAGUAAAGACACAUAUUCCUAUGAAAAAUCUAUCCUAGGAGAAGAUGAGCCACAUGAUGGGAAAGCAGUCAGACCAGAUAAUGUUGAACAAACACUAUUUUUCGAGGAGCCGAAUGAACAUUCAGACCGUUUUUCCAAAUCAAAGAACAUUCCAGGCAAAGAUAAGAUACCUCUUGAUGAAGAUAAGCCAGUUAUCCAAGGGAGCAGAGAAUUUAAUACAAAAUAUCAGAAUCCAUUUUUAACAGAACAUGAAGCACCAGAAUUAACAUACAGUGUUAGAAGACCACCACCACCACCACCACAACAACAACAACAGUAUAAGGCUAUUAACAAAGAUUCCAAAUCUAGCAAAUACAAUGUUAAUAAAAAUAAUUGUUUAGUCUCAAAAGUUUUGAAUGGGAGUAGUCGUACUCCUGUCAUAGGUUAUACAGAUGUUAUGAAAGGAAUACAAGUUUCACAUCCAGUGCCACAUUUAAAUUCAAAAAAACAUAUAAACAGCAAUAUAAGGGCAGAUAAUGUUAUAGAUUCUCAUGAUGAAAAGAAACUUCCUGAUGUUAAAAAUAUAGAGAGUGUCCCCUCCCAUGCCAUCCAAGGUUAUUUUCAUAUCGACCCCAGUGCUGAAGAUGAGAUGAACCAAAAUGUAGUUACUAAGGUAGGCAAGAAUUUGUUUUCUCAAGGAAGUGCAAAAGAACAAAUGCAUUUUUCACAGCAUAUCUCAGAACUUAGUGAAGGCAAACAAGGACACAAUGAGCAAAACACAUCAAGUAAUCAAGGACCAUCUCCACUGUCUGAGGAAGUAUUUCAAAGUGAAACGGAGAUUUCCGGGCAUAGCAGCCGCAUACUGAAUUAUGAUUCUGUCACCAACAGUGUGCAGAAGAAAGACUUUCAGGGCCCACAAGUGCAGAUAGGUGAAGGAGGUGUAGAAGAACAACAAAACUCAAAAGCAAUAGAGGAACAUUUUGAUAGUGCUCAAGUUAGUGAUGCUUCAUUAAUAGAUCAGCAAGAGCAAAGUGUUUUUCCUUAUCGUAGCUCCUCUGGCACUUUUUCCAAGAAAAGUGUUGACUCACCUCAAAUGUGUGCAAGUCUGACACAUCAGAAGGAUGAUAAAGAAGAGUUAAAAGGUGAACAAGUAUCAUCUUCCUACCUCAACUGUCAGAGUACCAAUAUUAUGAGCUUAGUACCUGACAAAAAGUGUGUAAGUCAGAAGGGACAAGAUAGAAAACAACAUUUAACUGCGGGUUUAGAAGUGAAGAAGCUUAGAAUCUCAGCUCAGCAUAAAAAAAUAGACAGCAUUCCAAAUACUGAAGAAACUAAACCUGAGUAUCAGAAACAAAUAGCAUACACAACUUCAAAUAUAACUGACAUAAAACCUGAAGACAGUUUAGUGACAACUAACUUUAAUAGUUUACCUCAGAAACAAUAUACCGUAGUUGGAACAAGUCCUGCCAGUGAAAAUCCAGUCCAGCGCUUAGAAGUGCAAAGUGAGGCAUCUGAUCUAGAUCAUAAUGUCAAUCCUAGCAAACAUUUAUCACAUUAUCUUCAGCCUGUGGAUGAUUAUACGGACCCUAUCCCUCCACAUGCUAAAGAUGGCACAGACACACAGCAUUUAGCUAAAGAACAUCAUGAUGAAACAUUUGCACAUGACUUAAUUUCUCCUUUUCCUAAAAAUCUAAACCAUGCAGAGAAAGUAGCUUAUUCUGGGCAUGCAAGAGAUAGUCAAGAAAAAGGCAAAACAGGUAAAGAUAGUGAGAAAAAACUAAGAUGCAAGAAUAUAGAUUGCACAAGAGACAAGACAGAGAAAGGAGGUGUCGGGAGUAACAUUUUUGGUAAAAUAUCACGGCUUCUUGGAGAGUCAUUUAAAAAUAAGUACGAUGAAGACUUUAAAAAAUAUGAAGGUAGUAGAAAUAUUAUUGGAACACAGAUUAAGACAAAGAGGCAGGAAGCUGAUGUAGUGAGAAGUAACUUUGAAAAAGACAAAGGUGAAGUUCAGAGCACAAAAGCUAUCAGGUAUUUAGGUAAUUUGAAAAUUAAGGAAGAGGGAUCUCAGGGCCCAGGGGAAAGGGACAGCAGCAUCCAGGAAAAAUCUGUUGCUGCAGACUCAAAAAAUUACAACCAAAAGUAUGACAGAUCUGCAAAUCAGGAGACAAUAGUUCAAAAUGGUCAAUUAACAUCCGAUACAGAGUUGGACCUGAAAGAAGCCACUUCCUUCAGUGGAUUACAGGAACUUUAUUUCAACUUUGUUGAGGAAUCUAAAAGGAUACUUCAAGCAAAUACGUGUGAAAAGCAUGAACUGCAGCUACUAGAGCAAGAGUUUGAAAAACUUACCCAUGAUAUCACCACUUUUCCAUGUGAAGAUAUUCGCAGGGAAAUGAAAGAAGUGACUACUUUGGUGGAACAUGAAAAUAAAUUAAAUAGUGGACAUGAAAAGUGUUUGAAGGAUAAAGUGAAUUUACUUCCAGAACUGCACAGUUUUGUGCUGGACAUCAGAAACAAAUGUGAAAUCCAAAAGGCAGAAUCAGGUAUGACCAAUAAUGGAAAAUUACCUGAUGAUGCUCCUAAAGAAAAACAUCACUUGAAUUUGGAUAAAGAACCUAACAGUGGCCAACAUACAGAAGCAAAUAAUGUGCCUCCAAUAAAUACAGAGAAGAAAAUACAUACUUCAGCCAAAAAUAGUCAACAUCAGCCAAAUUCAAAAAGGAAAUUAUCAGAGAACCAUCUAGUGACUCAUAACUAUACUAUCAGCAAUGAAAGAGAAUGGCUAUUUCAGAUAAUCCUGCAUUUGAAUGACUUCUGUGCCAUUGUAUCAUCUGUAUUUUCAGUGACGGCAUCUACUAGUAAAAAGGUUCUUGCAGCAUUGCCUGAAAAUAUGAAACCUGGUCCAGAUCUUUAUGGCUUUCCAUGGGAAAUGGUGAUUUGUGGUGCAGUUGUUGCCGUUUUUACUAUCUUACUUCUGAUGUGUAGGAGUUAUCAGUCAGUUAGAAGUAGACUUUAUGUAGGAAGAGAGAAACAGCUUGCCAGUAAAGUUGCUGAACUAGUUGAAGACAAAUGUAAAGUACUGGAAAAACUCAGUCUCUGCAAAAAAGAGUUUGAAGAGUUAGAAAACUCCCUAAAAGAUGCGAGCCUUCUGCAAGGGUCAGCCAGUACAUCAAGCAUGAAGGCAGCAUAUGAAGAACUGAGCAGCUCGAACUCUGUACUCAAGAGUGACAUAGAAUGUUUAGAAAAAGAACUUAAAGAAGAGAAGUCCAAACGAUCAGAGCAGGAUGCCUUGAUGAUUGAAAUACAGAGAAGAAUGGAAUCCUUAGAAAAUGAAGCAAAAUCUAUUCAAAUGCAAGUAGCUGAAGCCAAGUCCACAUUAAAAGUAUAUGAGAUCAACAGAGAGAGAUUGAAAACAUCUGUCCAAGAUGCAAUAGCUGAAAACAACCAACUUCAUGAAAGUGAAAAACAGCUCUUAAAAGAAGCUGAAGGACAGAGUGAACAAUUAAGUGAGUUAAAUGAACAAGCAAAAAUGUUUGAAACCUCAAAAGCAGGUAUGGAGGAGACUCUUAAAAACAAAGAAAGUCAAGUCAAGUCACUGACAGAGUGCUUGUUGAACAUGAAAGACUGGAGCUGUACAUUAGAUGAACAUGCUGCUGCUGAAGACAACCAUUGGGAUAAUGAUAUAAAGACUGAAUCAGAAAAUGGGGAGCACUUGGAUGAUCAGGAUAAACGAACUGUAAAGAAGUUGAUUUAUGCUGCGAAGCUAAAUGCUUGUCUAAAAUCUAUGGAAUCAGAAAUAAAUCAAAUCUGUUCAAAGCUAACAGAUGAAAACAAAGCAAAAGAGAAACUUGCAGAACACAUUGAAAAUCUACAAAAGGAACAUGUCACGUUGCAUUCUGAAAAUACACACUUUGAAAGCGAAGUUCAGAAGCUUCAGCAAAAGCUUAAAGUCAUGACUGAGCUGUAUCAAGAAAAUGAAAUGAACCUUCACAGGAAAUUAACUGUAGAAGAAAAAGAUCGUUUACAGAAAGAAGAAAAGCUUUCCAAAGUUGAUGAGACAAUCAGUCAUGCUGCUGAAGAAGUGAACCGUUAUCGACAACGAGCAGAAGAGCUAGAAGAAGAACUGAAAAAAACAGUUCACUCUUAUGAGAAUCUGGUUAAGUCCCACGAGCAGAAAGCUCAUGAUAACUGGCUGGCAGCACGGGCAGCUGAAAGGCACCUCAGUGAUAUAAGAGAAGAAAAUGCAUACAGUAGACAAAAAUUAACAGAAGCAGAAUUUAAAUUUGAUCGUUUGGAAAAGGAUCCUUAUGCUCUUGAUAUGCCAGUUAGGGCAUUUGGCAGAGAGCACUCCCCAUAUGGACCCUCACCAAUGGGCAGACCUUCAUCUGAAACAAGAGCUUUUCUUUCCCCUCCAACCUUAUUGGAGGGUCCCUUAAGAUUUUCACCUGUGCUUCCAGGUGGUGGAGGAGGAAGAGGAUCAAGAGGACCGGGGAAUGCUGGCAUGUAUGAAGUUAGUAAUGAAAGAGGAGAGUUGCAUUCUGACAGGUUAUCUGAUCCCCACAGACCACCUUCUGACACUGGAUCUUUGUCACCUCCAUGGGAUAGAGAUCACAGGAUAAUGCCCCCGCCUGCAGGUCAGCUGUAUAAUGAGCAAUCUCUUCCUCGAAGACCAGAAAGAUUUUAUUUUAGUCAUCCAAACUCAGGAAGACUUUCAGGACCAGCAGAACUAAGAAGUUAUAGCAUGCCUUCAUUUGAUAAAGCAGAUGGACAAGCAUCUGAGAAUAACUCAGGAACAGACUUAAGUGGGAAUGGAAUAAGAGAUCAUCCCAAUGACAAUAAUAUGCUCAAUGCCUCGGAUCAGUCUCAUGCACCUGACAAUGGAGGCUUUGGGCCUGGAAGUGUGCCGCCACCACUGCCCUUACUGCGAGCUCCUCUAAUGCCAAUGGACCCAAGGGGGCCUUUCAUGAGAAGAGGCCCUCCUUUUCCACCAGUGCCUUCUAGCGCAUAUGGACCUCGAGAAUAUUUCCCAAGGGAUUUUGCUGGUCUGCCACGUCCUCUUCUGCCAAUGAGAGGUCCCUUUCCUGUGAGGCCUUAUUCUCAAUACCCGCCUCCAAGGGCUGGCUUUUUCCCACCACUGCCACCUGAGAGCAGAAAUGAAAUGCCUGCUGAGUUAACACAUCCGUCAACUGCAUCUUCUGCGACUCCUCAAGAACCACAAGAAGAAACUUGACUCUGUUUUGAACUAGCUCUAUCCUUUCCCUCUCAACUCAAUAAUUUGCUGUUAAGUAGCUAUUGUUACUUAACUGACUGUAUUAUUGCUCAAAUUGAAGCUUAAUAGGAUAAUUCUCAGGAGAGUGCCCUGUAAAUAAUGGUCUAACUGUGAAUAAAUUGAUUUUCGUUGUACAGCAGUAACUAAAUUAUUUUUAAUUUGCAUAUCUAGAUGUAAAAAUUUGUACCAUGUAAGAACUCUCCCGUUGUUUUGGUCUCAUAGAAAAUGAUUGCAUGUGAAGAGAAUACUUGUAACAAAAGGCAAUGUGAAAAAAAUUAAACAAAUUUAAUAAUU